AUGUCGCCUUCUCCCAAUGGCGCGGCUGUCCCUGCGGCUGUGGCUCCGGGCCCAGCUCCGGCCCCGGUCAAGUACCUCUACCUUCGUGAUACAGUUUCCCAGCCUGUUGUCGCCGCCUUCUGCGCCGGCGGUGUGGCUGGUGCUGUCUCUCGAACUGUCGUCUCGCCUCUUGAGCGACUCAAGAUCCUGUUCCAGGUCCAGAGCGUUGGACGAGAUGCCUACAAGCUGUCUGUAGGCCAAGGUCUGGCUAAGAUGUGGAGAGAGGAAGGUUGGAGAGGCUUCAUGGCAGGUAAUGGCACCAACUGUGUGCGCAUUGUGCCGUACUCUGCUGUUCAAUUCGGCAGCUACAACUUUUACAAGCGGAGCUUCUUUGAGAAGACACCUGGUGCAGACCUCUCUCCUCUUGCACGUCUGACGUGCGGUGGUUUCGCCGGCAUCACCUCCGUCUUCUGCACAUACCCCCUUGACAUUGUUCGCACCCGACUGUCUAUCCAGACUGCCUCCUUUGCAGAGCUGGGUCCCAGAGCUGAGAAACUGCCGGGCAUGUGGUCUGUCAUGGCCACAAUGUACAAGACGGAGGGUGGUUUCUCUGCCCUGUACCGAGGCAUCGUCCCCACUGUCGCCGGUGUUGCACCCUAUGUUGGCCUCAAUUUUAUGGUCUACGAAUAUGUCCGCAAGUAUCUGACCCCCGAGGGUGACAAGAAUCCCAGCGCCGUUAGGAAGCUGCUUGCCGGAGCCAUCUCUGGAGCUGUCGCUCAGACCUGCACCUAUCCCUUCGACGUCCUUCGCCGAAGAUUCCAGAUUAACACCAUGACGGGCAUGGGCUACCAGUACAAGUCGAUAACUGAUGCUGUCCGAGUCAUCAUUGCCCAAGAGGGUAUCAAGGGCAUGUACAAGGGCAUCGUCCCUAACCUCCUCAAGGUUGCGCCGAGCAUGGCAUCCAGCUGGCUCAGCUUUGAGCUAUCGCGCGACUUCUUGGUCUCUCUAAAGCCUGAUGGUGACGGUGAGACUGCUCUCUGA